UGAAGCUCUGUGAGCACCAAAAUCAAAAUCAUGGAAUCCCAAAUUCCCAAUGCACACUCCGAAACCGAGCUUCAAACCUCCAUUAAUGGCGUAUCUCUCGAUUCCACCGAUCUCGACCUCUCUUUUGAAGAUGUCGAUAGCGCUUGCUCCACUCCUUACGUCAGUGCUCCUUCCAGCCCCGGCCGCGGCCCCGUUUCCGGCUUCUUCUACAGUGCUCCGGCCAGCCCUAUGCACUUCGCCAUCACUUCCUCCUCCUCUGCUCUGCCUCUCUCUUCUGCGUCCAUGGAGAAUCAUUCCUCUUCGUUCGAGUUCGAUUUCUCCGCUAGGUUUGGCUCCUACGGCGGCUCGAGCUCCACGGCGUCCAUGACCUCCGCCGAUGAGUUGUUUCUCGACGGGAAGAUCCGUCCGAUGAAGCUCUCGACUCACUUGGAGUUGCCGCUGGCGCCAUUGCUGGACGUGGAGGUUGGGGAUGAAGAAGGGGCGGGAAUCGUUGAGUUUGUUCGAGGGAGGGAUCUGCGGCUGCGGGAUAAAUUGCAGCGGCGAAGAACUAGAUCUAUGUCUCCACUGAGAAACGCGCCGAUUGAGUGGACGGAGAGCGAGAGUGGGGACGGAAUCAAUGUCGAAUGCUCUGUAACUGAGAAGGAAAUUUUGGAAGGAAGUGAAGUGAUCGAGAAGGUUGAAGAAAUUGCAUCCAAUUCUGAGGCCAGUACUCCUUCGAUUUCUGCUUCUUCCUCGAGAUCGUCUUCGGCAGGAAGGAACUCGAAGAGAUGGGUUUUUCUGAAGGAUUUUCUGUACAGAAGUAAAAGCGAAGGGAGAAGCAACAACAAUUUUUGGUCCAACAUAUCCUUUGCUAAUGUGAAAGAGAAGAAAUCAGCGGCAAACCAGAGCUUUGGCAAGCAAAAGUUCAUCAAUCCAUUGGCGGGUCGUUCCUCAGAAGCGAAGAAAGCAAAAGGAACAGUGGGAGCAAAGAAAGAUGGGGCAGGGAAGCCUGCAAAUGGAGUUGGAAAGAGGAGAGUGCCGCCAUCGGCGCAUGAGCUCCAUUACACAGCUAACAGAGCUCACUCGGAGGAGAUGAAGAAGAAGACAUACUUGCCUUACAGACAAGGCUUGCUAGGCUGCUUGGGGUUCAGCUCAAAGGGAUAUGGAGCUGUGAAUGGCUUUGCCAAAGCUUUGAGUUCUGUUUCUUCCAGGUAAAGUCUCUUCUCAGCUUAGAAUGAAAAAAAAUUCCAUAGAUUAUUGAUGACUGGUUUCUUUAACCCUCUUGUUAAGGUUCUCCUAUAAAAUAAUGUCUUCUUCUCCGUUUUAGUGUGAAAGAAAAGGCUGCUCUGAGUGAUGGGGUUCUUCCUGGUGAACCCAUUUUUGCCCCAAUAUGGUGGCUCUGUAAAUUUAUCCCUAUGAAAUAUGAAUUAGUUCUUACUGCA